CUCGAUUAGCAGCACAAUUUUGAACACUUUCCCAAUAUAUCACCAUGGUUACAUUAUGAUUUACGUAUGGUUUAUUGAUUUCAUUAGAAAGGUAAAGGUAGAGUUUGAAGAAGAAGAGUUGGACUACUACAAGCACAAGACAAGGAGCUUCCCUCUCACUCUUCUCUUCUCUUCUCCCUGUUAUGUGUAAUAACUACUGAUCAUCACGUGAUCCCUGACCCAGCUGCCCCCAUCCCCCUUUUGUCACGUACUGCUCGCUCCUCCCUCUGUCUGUCUCUUCACUGUUAGUUAGUAAAACCCUAUUCUCUCACUCCCCAUUCCUCCGUUACCAAACCACAUCAAAUCACAAAUCACUCAUCUCUUCAACAAUGGUGCUAAACAAAAACCACUCAAACAUUUUCAUCAGCCUCUCACUUUUACUACUACUACUCUCAACUACUACUACAUCCUCCAAACUCAAACUCAAAAAUAUCACACUCUCAGAUCCUACUUCACUAUUAUCAUUCAAAUCAAAAGCUGACAUUAACAACCACCUCAACUUCACCACCAAAACCUCUUUCUGCAACUGGCAAGGUGUUCAAUGCAACAACCAACACAAAAUUAUUCGUCUCGUUCUCCGUAAUUUAGAUCUCGCCGGCGUUUUCUCUCCACACACAUUAUCCAAUCUCGAUCAACUCCGUGUACUCAGUCUCCAGAACAACUCCCUCACCGGAACAAUUCCUAAUCUCUCCGGUCUCUUCAAUCUCAAAACACUAUUCCUUGAUAAUAACCACUUCACUGGUUCUAUUCCUCUUUCUAUUUUCUCUCUUCAUAGACUCAAAACCUUGGAUUUCUCUCACAACAAUCUCUCCGGAACUAUUCCUAUAGAUUUCAUUAACCUUGAUCGUCUUUACUAUCUUCGUUUAAGCUUUAAUGCUUUCAACGGUAGUGUUCCUUCUUUUAAUCAGUCUUCUCUUCGAAUAUUUGAUGUUUCUAGCAACAAUCUCUCCGGUGCAGUUCCGUUAACCACCACGCUAUCUCGUUUUCAACCGUCUUCUUUUGCUUUAAAUCCUAAUCUCUGUGGAGAGAUUAUUCGGAGAGAAUGUCGUCCGAGUGUGCCGUUUUUCGCUCCGACGACACCGCCGACGGUUGGACUUAACCAAAGUGCGAAGGUUCACGGAUUAAUCCAGCAGCCGUAUCAGAAGAAACACGAUCGGAGAGCUGUGAUUAUAGGAUUCUCUACUGGAAUUUUUGUUCUGUUAGUCUCGUUAGCGUGUUUUGCUAUAGUGGUUAAGAAACAGAUCAGAAAUAAGAAGAAAGGUAAAGGCUCUUCUGGUUCGAGUGUGAUGGCUUCAGAUGCGGCGGCGGCGACAGCGGAAGCAGCGGUUGUGAUGCAAAUGGAGCAAGAAAGAGAAUUAGAAGAGAAAGUUAAGAGAGCACAAGUUGCAAAGAGUGGGAGUUUAAUAUUCUGUGCGGGUGAAUCGCAGGUGUAUACGCUGGACCAGUUGAUGAAAGGAUCUGCGGAGCUUUUAGGUAGAGGGUGUUUGGGAACAACUUAUAAAGCAGUGCUUGAUAACCGUUUGAUUGUAACGGUAAAGCGUCUUGAUUGUGGGAAAAUGGGUGUGCACGUUAACAAGGAUGUAUUUGAGCGUCACAUGGAAUCAGUUGGUGGUCUUCGUCAUCCAAAUUUGGUUCCUCUAAGAGCUUAUUUUCAGGCUAAUCAGGAGAGAUUAAUUAUCUAUGAUUAUCAGCCUAAUGGCAGUUUAUACUCCCUCAUACAUGGUUCCAAAUCAAGCAGGGCAAGGCCAUUACAUUGGACAUCAUGCUUAAAAAUAGCAGAGGACGUAGCACAAGGGCUUUCCUACAUCCACCAGGCAUGGAGACUGGUCCAUGGCAAUCUCAAAUCCACCAAUGUUCUCCUAGGACCCGAUUUUGAGGCUUGCAUCACAGAUUACUGCUUGUCUGUGUUAACCAACCCAUCUACCUUUGAUGAGGUUGGUGAUUCUGCACCCUAUAGAGCUCCAGAGACUCGCAAUCCAAAUCACCAGCCAACCACCAAAUCCGACGUUUAUGCUUAUGGUAUUUUGUUGCUAGAGCUUCUGACCGGGAAGUAUGCUUCUGAGCUCCCAUUCAUGGUUCCUGGGGAUAUGUCAAGAUGGGUGAGAUCUAUCAGGGAUGACAAUGGGAGCGAAGACAAUAGAAUGGAUAUGCUUCUUCAGGUUGCUACAACUUGUAGCUUGAUCUCUCCGGAGCAGAGGCCCACAAUGUGGCAGGUCUUGAAGAUGUUACAGGAAAUCAAAGAGAUUGUACUAUUGGAGGAUAGUGAAUUGGACCUAAGCAGUAAUAAUGUCAUUGCCAUGUCUUAGUAUUAUGUUAUUUUUGGAUCUGUUAUAGGAGGAGGAUAGAAAGACAAGAGUGGUAUGAACUAGGGUACAAGCAAUUAAGAGUGAGGUACAAAAUUUAUAAACUUUGCUGUCUCUAUUAAUUAGACUCUUGGAAUGUUUAUAGAAUGUGGGGUGCAACUAACUUCCUUUGGGCUUGUCUAUUGCUGCUGGUUAGAUUGUCCGAAAGCAAAAUGUGGGUAAAAGACGGUGGUGUUUAGCACUGAUUAACUAUGUCCUGAGCCAGAUUCCAUUUAAAAAGCAACCAGUUAAGGGAUUAUUAGCACUGUUGCUAUUUCUAUAGCACUUAGCAUCGUAAGUUAGGACUCAAUUCUGCAUUCAGAUUCGGAUUCAGUCUAUAAUUCAAUACACUAAUUAAUAGUA